GAGGCGGUCUGAAGGGGGCAGCAGUGAGGCUUCGGAGGAUCAUCUAUCACACAGGGCAGCAUUGAGUCUGUCUUCACAGGAUCAUCUAUCACACAGGACAGCAGUGAGUCUGCCUUCAGAGGAUCAUCUAUCACAGCGGAGCGGCUGGACGGAGGCGACCCUGGAACCGGAUGAAUCCGUUCCUCUGCUAGAUGUUCUGAAGUUGAAGGAGACAUUAAAGUAAUCAACCUUGCGGUGGAAGAGCUGUUCUGCUAACCAGAGAUCUGCAGGGUAACAUUUUUAGAGGACACGGUUCUGCUGCUCUCGACAGGCGAUCGUCAUCUCCCGGCUAACCAUCAGUUUAUUGGAAAGGGUUCAUCUAAGGGCUCCUCUGAUCGGGUUAGCAGUCCGGUUAGCACCGACCAGACCCCCACUCCUGGUAGAGAGCGGACAGAUCUCCACCAUGGAGAACGCUCACAUCAAGAGCGUGGAAGAAGUUUACUCUCAUUUCUCCGUCAAUGAGAGCACAGGACUGGGCUCCGAGCAGGUGAAGAAGCUGAAGGAGAGAUGGGGCCUCAAUGAGCUGCCGGCAGAGGAAGGAAAGUCUUUAUGGGAACUUGUGGCUGAACAGUUUGAGGACUUACUGGUUCGGAUUCUCCUGCUGGCAGCAUGCAUAUCCUUUGUCUUGGCCUGGUUCGAGGAGGGAGAGGAAACCAUAACAGCCUUCGUGGAGCCUUUUGUCAUCUUACUUAUUCUCAUAGCCAACGCCAUCGUCGGUGUCUGGCAGGAGCGCAACGCGGAGGAUGCCAUCGAGGCGCUGAAGGAGUACGAGCCGGAGAUGGGGAAGGUGUACCGGCAGGACCGCAAGACGGUCCAGAGGAUCAAGGCCAAGGACAUCGUCCCCGGGGACAUCGUGGAGGUCGCUGUUGGAGACAAGGUCCCUGCAGACAUCCGUCUCUCUUCCAUCAAGUCCACAACGCUGAGGGUGGACCAGUCCAUCCUGACGGGUGAAUCCAUCUCUGUGAUCAAACACACUGAUCCGGUGCCGGACCCCCGCGCCGUCAACCAGGACAAGAAGAACAUGCUCUUCUCCGGCACCAACAUCGCGGCCGGCAGGGCGGUCGGCGUGGCGGUGGCCACGGGCGUCAACACGGAGAUCGGGAAGAUCCGUGACGAGAUGGCGGCCACGGAGCAGGAGAAGACGCCGCUGCAGCAGAAGCUGGACGAGUUCGGCGAGCAGCUAUCCAAGGUGAUCACGCUCAUCUGCAUCGCCGUGUGGAUCAUCAACAUCGGCCACUUCAGCGACCCGGUGCACGGCGGCUCCUGGAUCCGCGGCGCCGUCUACUACUUCAAGAUCGCCGUGGCGCUGGCGGUGGCGGCCAUCCCCGAGGGCCUGCCCGCCGUCAUCACCACCUGCCUGGCGCUGGGCACGCGGCGCAUGGCCAAGAAGAACGCCAUCGUCCGCUCGCUGCCCUCAGUGGAGACGCUGGGCUGCACCUCUGUCAUCUGCUCGGACAAGACGGGCACCCUGACCACCAACCAGAUGUCGGUCUGCAGGAUGUUCAUCAUGAACCAGGCGCCAACGGCCGAGGGCUCCCUGACGGAGUUCACCAUCACGGGCUCCACCUACGCCCCCGAAGGAGACGUGUACCACGAUGAUAAACUGGUUAAAAGCUCCCAGUAUGAUGCUCUGGUGGAGCUGGCCACAAUCUGCGCUCUGUGCAACGACUCGUCCCUGGACUUCAACGAGGCCAAAGGAGUGUACGAGAAGGUCGGCGAGGCCACCGAGACCGCCCUGACCUGUCUGGUGGAGAAGAUGAACCCCUUUGACACGGAGGUCCAGAACCUGUCCAAGAUCGACCGAGCAAUGGCCUGCAACUCUGUCAUCAAGCAGCUGAUGAAGAAGGAGUUCACCUUGGAGUUCUCCAGGGAUCGCAAGUCAAUGUCGGUCUUCUGCACUCCCAACAAGUCCCGCUCCUCCCUGGGCAAGAUGUUUGUCAAGGGGGCCCCAGAAGGCGUGAUCGACCGCUGCACCCACGUGCGCGUGGGCACCAAUAAGGUCCCGCUCACCCCGGCCAUCAAGGAGAAGGUGCUGGCCACCAUUCGGGACUACGGGACAGGCCGGGACACGCUGCGCUGCCUUGCGCUGGCCACCCGGGACACCCCCCCCAAAGUGGAGGACAUGAACCUGACGGAGACCGCCAAGUUCGCCUCCUAUGAGUCGGACCUGACCUUCGUGGGCUGCGUGGGCAUGCUGGACCCUCCCCGCCAGGAGGUGGCGGCCUCUAUCAAGCUGUGUCGCCAGGCGGGCAUCCGCGUCAUCAUGAUCACCGGGGACAACAAGGGCACGGCCGUGGCCAUCUGCCGGCGCAUCGGCAUCCUGCCGGCGACGGGCGACGUGGACCACCUGGCCUUCACCGGCCGCGAGUUCGACGACCUGUCGCUGGCCGCCCAGCGCGACGCCGUCACCAACGCCUGCUGCUUCGCCCGCGUCGAGCCCUCGCACAAGUCCAAGAUCGUGGAGUUCCUGCAGGGCUUCGACGAGAUCACCGCCAUGACCGGUGACGGCGUGAACGACGCCCCGGCCCUGAAGAAGGCGGAGAUCGGCAUCGCCAUGGGCUCCGGGACCGCCGUGGCCAAGUCGGCCUCGGAGAUGGUCCUCGCCGACGACAACUUCAGCUCCAUCGUGGCGGCGGUGGAGGAGGGCCGUGCCAUCUACAACAACAUGAAGCAGUUCAUCAGAUACCUCAUCUCCUCCAACGUGGGCGAGGUGGUCUGCAUCUUCCUUACGGCGGCGCUGGGCUUCCCCGAGGCCCUGAUCCCCGUCCAGCUGCUGUGGGUUAACCUGGUGACGGACGGCCUGCCCGCCACCGCGCUGGGCUUCAACCCCCCCGACCUGGACAUCAUGGACCGGCCCCCCCGCAACGCCAAGGAGCCCCUCAUCUCCGGCUGGCUCUUCUUCAGAUACCUGGCCAUUGGAGGUUACGUGGGGGCUGCUACGGUCGGAGCCGCUGCCUGGUGGUUCACGGUGGCGUCAGACGGCCCGCAGGUCUCCCUGUACCAGCUGAGCCACUUCCUCCAAUGCUCGGCAGACAACCCUGACUUCGAGGGCCUGGACUGCCACGUGUUUGAGUCGCCGUACCCGAUGACCAUGGCCCUGUCCGUGCUGGUCACCAUCGAGAUGUGCAACGCCCUGAACAGUCUGUCUGAGAACCAGUCCCUGCUGCGCAUGCCGCCCUGGGAGAACGUGUGGCUGCUGGGGGCCAUCUGCCUCUCCAUGUCUCUGCACUUCCUCAUCCUCUACGUGGAGCCGCUGCCCGUCAUCUUCCAGAUCACGCCCCUGGACGCCACCCAGUGGGUGAUGGUGCUGAAGAUCUCCCUGCCCGUCAUCCUGCUGGACGAGGUCCUCAAGUUCAUGGCCAGGAACUAUCAGGAAUCUGCUAAGGCCAAGUAAGCCCUCCUCUCAUCUUAUGUUCCUUCCAGGACCUGAGAGGGUCUGUUUUCUUAUUUUCUUCGGUCAUGCAUUUGUGUUGAGAGGAACAAAACAUAUCCCCAGACCUGGCUGUCAAUUAAGAAAAUUCUAUAAAUGGCAAUUAUUUUAUUUUUUAUAAAUCCUACAUGUUUUGAUUUUAACCAGUUGAUCUCAUGUCCCCAGUCUUUUCAAUAAGCAUGUGAAGCCGUUAAGACUCUUUCAAUCUAGGGGACUGUUCUCAUCCUUCAAUGGUUGAUGUACACUGAACAACAUUCUGGGAUGUCCUGAAACAUCAGCCAUUCAUUUGACCAGCUCUCCAUUGAUGUAUAAUGUAGGCAAAUUGUAAAACACUACUUGUUCAUGUAGUACAAACGAGGCUAAACAUGACAACGGUCAUCUUUCCUAAGGAAAUACUUUACAUCGGUCCUAAUUUAAUAUAAUUGUAGAGAGACUGUGCUUUCCACUGAGAUGUGACGUGUCCGAGGUAGAUUCCUGCUAUUUGAAAAGCUUAAGGGUGCAGUGUUGUAUACAUUUUAACAUGAGAAAGGCCUUCUAUUUCCAUCUUGGCCGAACUGCUGUGCUGUGAUAUCAGAAAUGGAAAUUGUACAGGAUCACAAACUGUGGUUUCAGGUAAAUAAAUCGUAUACAGAAGUGGUGUUUUUCUUCCCCUUUUAAAGGUCAGGAUUAAUCGAAGUGGUUAGGAUUUAUAGACAAAUGGGAGUACUUCGAUCAGGGUUUUUUUCUACCAUCCGUUUUAAACAACUAGACUAGAUGAUUCAAAGUUUCUUUGCAAGUACAGGUUUAUGCUCACGAGAACGCCAGCAAGACUGCAUCAUCGAUUAACGUAUUGGACAAUGUAGUACUGAAAUUAGUCAGCAAUUGAUUUGGGGAUUGACUAAAUGUGAGAAUGCAAUACUCUGUAUUUUGAUUCUCUUCCAGCUCUUGGCUGCUUGUCAGAAAAUGCAAGCACAUUUUAGACAUUAAGUACUUGUAAUGGGCAUGGGCAUCAUUUUAUAAUGUUCUAUUGAUUAAUGGUUAUAUUGGAAAAUAAUCAUGGAAAGUUACAUCUAAAUUAACUAUGGGUCACAAAGCCAAGGAGUAAAGCAUUUAUUAUACAAGUAUAAUAAAAAAAAAUACAAAAUCACUAACAUUACACUUAAAAGGGUGAGAGAAUAUUUGAAAAAGUUAAUGUCCAACAUAAACAUUUUAUUUACAAAGGCAAACUGAGGGGAAUCUCAAGAAUGUAUUAAUAUUCAAGACCACACAUGAAACAGACAGUUCAGAGGCAACCGGGUCAAAAAAGCAGACAAAACUAAAUAUGACCUGAACACACGAGUGUUCAGGAGUCAAGACUUUAAACUUGAUGACAUGGUAAAUAUGACUUGAACACCUGGGCGUUAGGAAUCAAGACUUACUUUAAAUUUCCUGUAAUUCUUUUAUAUCUGUAGCUGAGAAACAAAAGAAAAUGACAAAAUAAAUUCAUAUCCUGGCACUGUCAACACCACAUGUUGAGUUACAUUCUCCAUGAAACCCUUGACCACUCGAGGGGCCGACGCAGCCAUUGGCCAGCAGCCUUUUGCACCACAUCCCUGCAGCGGCACGCUCAAUGAACGG